AUGUCUCUUGAUACCGAUGUACUUAUAAUUGGUGCCGGAAUGAGUGGCAUGGGUCUAGCCAUCCAGCUCAUCCGGCACUACGGGUGGCGAUCAUUUCAGAUCUACGAGAAAGUUGUACGUCAAGCUAGCUGUUGCGCACCAGCAAUAUAUGCCCAGAUUAGGCGCUCACCUUCUCUUGCUUGCUUUAGGGCGACGUUGGAGGAACGUGGCUCGUCAACACUUACCCAGGAUGCGGCUGCGAUGUCGCGAGCCAUUUCUACUCCUACAGCUUUGCGUUGAACCCCAACUGGAGCCAGAAGUUCUCUAUGCGCUCUGAGAUACAAGCCUACUUCCGAAGCGUGGCCGAGCAGUAAGUCUUGACCUCAAUCCGUACACAUGCGGCGUGGGUCAACAAGCUAUCACCAGAUAUGAUCUUAUCCCGCACAUCCGCUUCCAUUCGACAGUCGAGAUCGCCCGCUGGAACGAAUCCGAGCAGUACUGGGAAGUGACGAUAAAGGAUCCAAACACGAAAGAGACGUUCGUUCGACGAGCACGGAUAGUAGUCUCAGCAGUGGGAUCCUUGUCUGUUCCCAAGAGAUGCGAAGUCCCAGGAGCAGACUCAUUCAAAGGACACUUGUUCCACUCCGCGCAAUGGGAUCACAGUUUCGACUGGCAAGGGAAAGAUGUUGUGGUGUUGGGCAAUGGAUGCUCUGCAACACAGUUCGUGCCUGUAAUGGCGGAGAAGGCUCGCAAACUCACGCAGGUCACACGGCAAUCGCACUUUUUGGCGGAGCGACCCAACCCAACCUAUGGACCUUGGUUCAAGGCUGUGAUGAAAUAUGUCCCCCUCGCGAUGCGCUUGUAUCGGUUCAAGCUAUACGCUGGUAGGUCUCUUUACCCCCCAUCGAUUGCGCCCUACUCAUACGUUUGACAGACAUGGAGAAAGACUUCGCCGGCUUCGACAUUGAAACCGGUGCCAAGAUUAGGCAGGAGCUAAAAGACGAGAAUGAGAAAUACAUCAAACGUAUGGCACCAGAGAAGUAUUGGGACGCGCUCAUCCCAAGGCACGAAAUUGGUUGUAAACGCAAAGUCAUGGAUACCGAUUAUCUCUCUACUCUCCACCGAGACAACGUGGAGCUGGUUUCAGAUGAUCCUGUCGAGGAGAUUGUCGAAGACGGAGUGCGUACGAAGAGCGGCAGAGUCGUGAAAGCCGACGCCAUAAUCCUCGCCACCGGAUUCGAAGUCUUCAGAAUGUUGUUCCCAAUGGAGAUCAUUGGUGAAACUGGCGUCAGUCUGAAUGACUAUUGGUACGAUCACGGCGUAGGCACCUAUUGCUUUUGAAAAGACUAAUACCCAGUAUAGGGAGAAAGCCCACUCUGGUGCAGCUCAAGCCUACCUCGGAACUUGCAUUCCAGGAUUCAAGAACUUCUUCACCAUGAUGGGCCCCAACACAGUGACUGGCCACCUAUCCGUAAUAUACACCGUCGAAUGCCAGAUCAACUUUGUCCUCCGCCUCCUGGAUCCAAUCCUGAAAACCACCCCUCCCCACAAGCCAUUGCUGUCUCCAAAAUACACAUCCGUCGACGUCAAACCCGAAUCUGCCGUCUGGGACAGCACCUGGAUGCAGGCCCGUCUCAAGCAGCUCGUGUGGGCGUCGGGCUGUACGUCCUGGGCACUGGAUCCGAAGACGGGAAUGAACAUCGCCAUGUACCCGCAGUAUCAAUUUUUCUUCUGGCUCAGAAGUGUCUUCAUCCCGGGCAAGGAUUUCGAGUACGAGUACCAAGACAAGAAGGGGAUUUUGAGGAAGAAGGAAUUAAGUCUUGGAGGCUGGAGGAUGAUGAGGACCGUCCUAGGUACUGUGACUGUGCUGUCGUUGAUGGCUGCGGCUGGCGUACAGAGGGCCGGCGGUUUGCAUAGGGCGACUGCUGUCCUUGGGAAGGGUCUGCAGAGACUGUUGGAGGUUGGUGCGAGAUUGAUGAGGCAACUUACAGGAUGA